AUGUCUAACCAAAGUUGCGUUCGCUUGUUUCAGGAACUUAGGAAACUAAAAGAGAAAGCACUACGUUAUUCGUAUCUAACCCGUUUCAUUCCCACACGUUUACAGGUGAAAUUUGACCCAGCCCUUGGGUCCUUGUGUACCCCACUCCGCAGACAGUGGAACAACACACUCCAUAGUACUUCACUUAGUCUCAUUCGUAUUCUAACAGAACACUGUGAUGUUUGUCUCAACAGCUUCAACCGAGAUAUAUCCUAUCUUGAAGCGGAACUUCGGUCCAUCUGCUCAAGUGCCCGUUUUGAGCAAUUCAACAGUGAGAUCGAUGCUGGUUUAACUAAACUUGAAUAUGUUCUGAUUUCUAGGAGAAAUGGCAAGAUUGGUCGUCUUGUCUUCAAACAGCAGCAUCACAGACGGAGACGAUUCAAACGCAAUGUACCCACUGAAGCUGAACCGUCGGCCCCUCAAUCCACAGUAAUUAACCUCUCACCAUGUACCCUUUCAGAUGCAGAAAAUGACCUUCUCUCCAAGAGACUCAACUUCUGCCCCACUCCUCCCACAGUUAAUCAGGCUGAGCUUAGUCAGGACCUUACUGACUACUACCGUAGAAUUCGACUCCGUGAAUUCUUCCUCGACUCAUCACCCAUGGAUCCUGAGCCAUUUUACUGCAAGAGUAAAUGGGUACCACCUAAGAACCGUGUUCCUUCCCUUGAAACUUACGUGCAGGUUGUUAGUUCACAAAUUAACUCGAAUGAUCAUUCUACCCACAGGACUCAUGACAACCUCCCUAGAGAAGAGCGUGAGGCUCUGAAGACUCUACGAGCACGGAAAGACAUCAUCAUCAAGCCAGCCGACAAGGGCUCUGCUGUAGUUGUCAUGGGCCGCCAGCAAUACAUCGAUGAAGCCAUGAGACAACUGAACAACCAAACUAAUUAUAAACCACUUGACACUGAUCCAACAGGCACCUUAUCAAAGGAGAUUCAACAAACACUGGACGAAAUGCAUGACCGUGACAACCUCUCCAAGAAAGCUCACAAGUUUCUCUCCCUGGUCGACUGUAGAACAGCCAGGUUUUACCUCCUUCCAAAGAUACAUAAACCAGACAACCCAGGAAGACCCAUCAUAUCUGGCAAUGGUUCCCCCACUGAGAACAUUUCUCUUUUUGUUGACAGUUUUCUCAAGCCGUUAAUGCCGCAGAUUCCAUCAUACAUUCAUGACACUCCAGAUUUUCUCCGCAAAAUCGCAGGUAUUCAGAAGCAGGUCCCUAACACAGCCAUCAUCGGUACUUUUGAUGUAACCUCUCUAUACACCAACAUUUCCCAAGAUGAAGGGAUUGCUGCCUGCUCUUCAGCUCUGGCUAAGAGUGGUCACACAUCACCGCCCAUUUAA